CAUCAUUAAUAGUGAUAAUUCGUGUGAUUUGUAAUUCAGCCUGUGAGGAAACAUGUUUGAGCGCGUUACAGACCCGGGGCUCUAAUUGUUUUGUUUUAAUUUGUGUUUUUGGUUUUGCGUCAGAUUUUUAUGCUCUGUUUAUUAUUUCCAGCCGAAAGGCUUUUCUUCAUGCCUUUAAAGAAAAUGGAUUUCAACUUUCAUUUCUGUUGGAUGAGCUGAAAAAACGCAAGUGAAAGGAAGUCAAGACAUUUUCCUUCUUUAAAAACACUAAGUAAGAGUGCUAAACAAGACGAGACAAUACAGACGAUGUGAGACAAUACAGACGAUGUGAGACCAUACAGACGAUGUUGUGGAACUGGUUUCAUCAUGGAUUCUACAUCAGACCGAACUCCGAAAGGUUCGCAACGCUCUCCAAAGAAAACCCCACAGAGCUCUGGCAAGCGGGAAAAGCGCAACCAGAAACCAAACCUUCAGGAGGUGAGGAAUAAAGGAAGACGUGACCGAGGCAAAGCAGAAGAGGAGAUGACAAAAAAAAACAUGGAUCCGCACGAGAAGCCGAAAGCAGUGGGAACCGGCCUGGUUUACUCCGAGCUCUUUUCCCGUUAUCGCUGUCUGUGGGACUCCAGUCACCCCGAGUGUCCCGAGAGAGUGACUACUGUCAUGGGGAUGAUGGAGACCGAGGGGCUGCUGUCUCGAUGCCUGCAGGUGGAGGCGAGAGCUGCAUCAGACGACGAGCUCUCUCAGGUUCACACGAGGGAAUACAUCGAUCUGAUGAGGUCCACCGAGAAGAUGACGGAGGAGGAGCUGAAGUGCGUCUCUGAUCGCUACGACUCCGUCUACCUCCAUCCAGACAUGUUCUCAUGUGCCUGUCUAGCUGCCGGCUCUGUCCUCCAGCUGGUCGACAAGGUGAUGACAUCAGAGCUACGCAACGGCUUCGCCGUGUGCAGGCCUCCAGGACAUCAUGCCCAGGCCGAGCAGAUGAAUGGAUACUCCAUGUUUAAUAACGUAGCAGUGGCAGCGCGUUACGCUCAGAACCAACACGGUGUCCAGAGGGUUCUGAUUGUGGACUGGGAUGUGCAUCACGGUCAGGGAAUCCAGUACGCCUUCCAGGAAGAUCCCAGCGUCCUGUAUUUCUCUGUACAUCGGUACGAGGGGGGCUCCUUCUGGCCUCACCUGCCCGAGGGAGACAGCAGUGCUGUGGGUUCAGGACCAGGCGAAGGCUACAACAUCAACGUGCCCUGGAUCAAGACUGGGAUGGAGGACGGAGAUUACAUCGCUGCUUUCCAGACAAUUCUGAUGCCCGUAGCCUACGAGUUUCAGCCUCAGCUCGUGUUAGUAGCAGCCGGUUUUGACUCCGUAGCUGGUGAUCCCAAGGGUGAGAUGUGUGCGAGCCCACAGUGUUUCUCUGUACUGACCCACAUGCUGAUGGGUCUGGCCGAGGGACGCAUCGUGCUCUCUUUGGAGGGAGGCUACAACCUGCAGGCCACAGCAGAGGGGGCAUGUUCUAGCUUGAGGUCACUCUUGGGUGACCCCUGCCCUCAUCUGAACUCACCAGGGGCUCCGAGCGAGAGUGCAUUGACGUCCAUCUCUAAGACAGUUUCUGCUCUCUAUCCAUUUUGGACCAGCUUGCAGACUCUGGAGGGAGGCUCUCUUUCCGAGGCACAGCCCUUACCCUCAGCCGUGUGUGUGGAGAAACUGGAAUCCUCCGAACGAGUUACCGGACUGGUUUACGACGAGCGUAUGAUGGAGCAUCACAACAUGUGGGACAGCCAUCACCCUGAACUCCCUCAGAGAAUUUUCCGGAUCUUCUCCCACCAUGAUGAUUUGGGGCUCGUGGCCCGUUGCCGGCGGAUACCGGCUCGUUUAGCCACAGAGCAGGAGCUUGCACUUUGUCAUGGAUCAGAACACAUCGCUACCAUAAAGAGCACCGAGCAGAUGAAGCCCAGAGAUCUGAACAGACUCGGGCACGAAUAUAAUUCCAUCUACAUCAGUAAAGAGAGCUAUAAAUGUGCACUGCUGGCAGCUGGAGCAUGUUUUAAUGUAGCUCAGGCCAUCCUCACUGGCCAGGUGAGGAACGGCGUUGCGAUUGUACGUCCACCCGGGCAUCACGCAGAGAAAGACGCCGCCUGCGGCUUCUGCUUCUUCAACACGGCUGCCCUGACUGCUCGCUAUGCCCAGAGCAUUACCCACAAUGCCCUGCGCGUCCUUAUCCUCGACUGGGAUGUGCACCAUGGCAACGGCACACAGCACAUCUUUGAGAACGAUGACAGCGUUCUCUACAUCUCUCUCCAUCGCUACGAGGACGGCUCGUUCUUCCCUUGCUCGGAGGACGCCGAUUACGAUAAAGUGGGCCGAGGGAAAGGUAAGGGUUACAACGUCAACAUUCCCUGGAACAAAGCCAAGAUGGGCGACGUGGAAUAUCUAGCAGCCUUCCACCACUUGGUGAUGCCAAUAGCACGAGAGUUUGCUCCAGAGCUGGUCCUCGUCUCGGCCGGGUUCGAUGCCGCCCAAGGUGACCCACUAGGGGGGUACAAGGUGACCCCGGAGGGCUACGCCCACCUCACACACCAGCUGCUGAGUCUAGCAGCAGGACGAGUUCUUGUCAUUUUAGAGGGAGGUUAUAACCUCACCUCCAUCUCCAACUCCAUGGCAAUGUGCACCAGCAUGCUCCUGGGUGACACGCCGCCGCCGCUGCCCCCUCUGCCCCCGCCACACCAGAGCGCUGCCAUCAGCAUCAACAACGUCCUGCGAGCACACGCCCCCUACUGGAGAUCUCUCAGAAUACAACUUCCAGAGGCUCUGCGUUUGUCCUUGCCUUCUCCUAAAUCUAAAAUCAAGCGCACACCACCAGGAAAAGAAAGAAAUUCCCCUCCUCUUGUUACCCCUCAAACGCAGAGCCAACGUACCCCAGUGCCGACUUCACCAGCGUCACCUCCUACCGAUCAGGAGGACUCGGGGCUGGACGAGCUCACACAAGGCCUGCACGCUCUGGACCUGAGCACAUCCACCAUAUCUGCCACUUCCAGCCCCACCUCGGUCCAAGUGGGCGGGGCUAGACCUAAAGUCAAGCCCAGCCCACAGAGGAGCUCGUUCUCAUCGGCGCAGGAAGCAUCGCCGGUCCGAGCGGCGGAAAAAGGUAUCGAGGACGGUGCCGUAAAAGCCGAGUCCACGCCGGUCAAACAGGAGAAUCAGUCAGAAGAAUCAGGCGCUGGAGCGGUGUGCGAUCAGGAGAGUCCUGCUCUGGAGGGAGCGUGCGGUUACACCAAGAAAACCAACUUCGAGCUUGUGUGUGGAGCCACGAACACGGCCGGGGAUACGAUGUACGUGGUGGACCCUUUGACAUGGUGCCCACACUUGGAGUCAGUGUGUCCGGUGCCCGCGGGCGGCAUCGACGUGUUCCGGCCGUGCGAGGAGUGCGGCGCCGAAGCGGAGAACUGGAUCUGCCUCUGCUGCUAUAAGGUUUUGUGUGGGCGUUUUGUGAACGAGCACAUGGUGGUCCACGGUCUGGUGUCCUCUCACCCUCUGGUGCUGAGCUUCGCCGAUCUUUCAGUGUGGUGCUACUCCUGCGAGUCCUACGUCCACAACAAGGUGCUGUAUGAAGCCAAGAACGCUGCUCAUCUUGCUAAGUUCGGGGAGGAGAUCCCCCCCAUCGUCUAAUCUAUCACUAAGAAUACUUCUGUGCAGGCAAACAAAAGUGUGGGUGAGUGUGUGGGUGAGUGUGUGUGUGUGUGUGUGUGUGUGUGUGAGGCACUUUCAUGCCGUAGCUGAAUGCUUGUGCGAAACUAUUUUCACACAGAACACAUUGUCUUCAUUUCCAAACUUGUAUGCGUCCCUCUCUCCACAGGAGAGCUAAACUCAUUAACCUGUGCUAAUUACACUGUGUGUGUGUGUGUGUGUGUGUGUGUGUGUGUGUGUGUGUGUGUGUGUGUGUGAGAGAGAGAGAGAGAGAGAGCACACACAUUAGAGACUCAGAUCAUUUAAGUUUAGGAUGAUGGUUUAACCGAAUCUCUCAACAUUUUAUUUAUUCUUCCUAAAAAAAAAGGCAGUUUUCUAAUUUAAAAAAAAAAAAACAGCUUUUAAUGAGAUAAAGAAGAAUGUUGGACGUGUUGGACGUGUUGGACGUGUUGUUCAGGUGAGAUCGUCACAACGGCAGCCAGGCGUCUGUUCGUGCAGUUCAACACGCCGUUCAUCGCCUUCCUGUUUGAUAAUGAAGGACUAAUUUCAGGCACAUGGCCAAAACGUAUUACUUCACAACUCGCAUACAGUAAACAUUGCAGAGUUUUUUUUUCCCCCAACAAAAAAAAUGUCACUCUUCUUUCAUGCCGUCUUCUCAACGUCUUACGUGUAUUCUUCUUUUGAACAAACUCUGUAUCUGUAUUAUGGCAAAAAAAAUUGGGCUUUUGUAAGCUUUGGUAUAUCAAUACACUUUAAUUGUGAUUAAUUAUCUUCUGUGGUUUUCUGCAUCUUCCUUGACAAAAAGUUAUUCACAAGUGCAAUAAAAAUGAAAAUGACA